AUGAAGAAGGAAUUCGAUCCUGACGCCUAUCUCAAUCAUUACUUUGCCAGAGAAUCGAUUGAAGAUGGAACUCGGAUGUCCCUUUUCGCUCUUCCAGUCUUCGCGCAUUGUAUGCUCCAGUCGAUGCCUUCAAAUGAACGGGAAACACUGUUAGAUAUUGGUGCA